GCGUAAUUUGACUGUUCUAAAUGUUCGAUGCUCUUUGACUUGGAGGUCAGAAAGCUUCGGAGUGUUCAAGUGGGUGUUGGCAACACUGUGCAACAGCUGCGUUGUUGUUUGUAGAUAUGUGGUUAUGUCGUGCGCGGUCCGCCACCACGUCUAGGGUCUAGAGCGGGGGAGAGAUGGACGGGACGGACGAGGAGGACGGGAUGGACGUGUUCCGGUUCUGCCCGCUGAGCUUCGCGGAGGUGCGCCCCCGCGGGCGCCAGGCGCGCCCCAUGCCCCGCAGCGGGCACCGGCUCGUGUGCGACGGCUCCGACCUCUACCUGUUCGGCGGCUUCUGCCCGCGCCUCUCGCCGCAGCACGCCAGCCAGAUGGACGCGGACCCCGUGUGGGCCGAGUCGCGCCCGCUCUUCAAGGAGCUGUGGCGCUUCAACAUGGCGGCGCGCGAGUGGCGCCGCCUGCCCUGCGAGGCGUCGCUGCCGCGCGAGCUGGCGUCCAGCGCCGCCUGCAUGCGCGGCGGGGUCGUGUUCCUGUUCGGCGGCUCGGGCUUCCCCUUCGGCAGCGCGUGCAGCAACCGCGUGUUCCGCUACGAGGCGCGCGCCGGCGGGGAGGUGCGCGAGCUGCAGACGAGCGGCGCGCGGCCGCGGCCCAUGUACGGCCAGGCCGUGCUGCUGGUGGGCCCGCACCUGUACGCCGUGGGCGGCACCACGGGCUUCGAGUUCUCGAGCGACGUGCACCGCCUGGACCUGCGCGCGGGACGCUGGGAGGAGGUGUACGUGAGCACGGGCGCCGCGCCCGAGGAGCCGUCGGGCCGCUACCGCCACGAGCUGGCCCUGCACGGCGAGCGCCUGUUCCUCAUAGGUGGCGGCACGGGCGACCGCGCCUGCUCGCUCAAGAGCGUGCACGCCUUCCACCUGCGCGAGCGGCGCUGGGAGCGGCUGGCGACGCACGAGGACGACGCGUGGGGGUUCCCGUCCAGCCGGCGCUACCACGGCUUCGCGCAGCUGGGCGCCGGCGCCUACGUGGUGGGCGGCUUCGACCGCGGCCAGAUCCUGGGGGACGCCUGGCGCCUGGACCUGGGCUCCCUGCGCUGGUCCGUGCUGCCCUCGUGCUCGCUGCGCCAGAGCGUGUACUUCCACGCCACGGCGGUCACGCCCGCCGGCUGCCUCUACAGCUUCGGGGGCGUCAAGGCGCUGGAAGGGGACUGCACGCGCUCCGGGGGGCUGUGCCGGGCCUGGCUGUGCGUGCCCUCGCUGGAGGAGAUGUGUCGCGAGGCCGUGCGGCACUACGCACGGCGCUGCCCGCUCUUCUCGCGGGACCGCCUGGCCAGCUGCGGCCUGCCCCCCACCGUGCUGGCCCCCAUCUUCUCCUGACUGCGUUUCCUCUUACAUUUAUCACUGUAACUUCAGUGCUUUACAUCAUUGUUUGUACAUUAGCUUCAUUUUGCUCUCCCGUUAGUUUCAUGUAUGGCGGUGAAGUUUUUUUUAUAAAAUUUUGUGUGUGUUACGUUAAU